CCUGUAUCAGGCCAUUCGUCGGCGUCCACUGCAACAAUUGAGCAGAGUGUUAGGUGUGGUCGCGGACAGAGUUCAAUGUUACAAAGGACGAGACCUUGUGAAGGAGCAGAAUGACACUCCUGCUGAUGUGUGGAUUUACUUCGAUCAGGGCUGGCCUGACCAGGAAGGGAAGAAUGGAGGCUGUGGGUCUUAGAGUGAAGCGACGAAGAACGCUUGGUGUAAGCCGGGCAAUGGAUUGGCCGAGCAGGUUGGAUAUAAAGAAGAUGUCAGUGACGACUCCUUCACAUCGUCUCUUCCAAAUCACCGCCUACCCUCUAUUCUGCACUUCCCCAGGACACGCGACAUUUACAAUGGCGGCCGCAUCCGUCGCCUCUUACUUUUCUGACCACCUCCAGCGUCUUCCCAUGCUCCAGGAUGCUCGCGACGGCUUCCUCAAGGUGGCUGGUGACAUGCUUGUUGCCGACGUCCUGAAGGACUUCUUCGUCAACGCAGGCAUGGACCGCACGUUCGGCCUGUCCAUUGCUCACCCGCCACUUCGAUCUGACGCCCAAUCCAAGGCUGGUCGAGUACAACGAUACCUCAACCCCCUCUGGACGGCCGGGAUCAGCGGCAUGCGGGAGCCCCAGCCCUGGGCUUUUGACGACGACGAGCUGCUCAAGCCAACCGAGUUCCGCUACGCUGAGAAGCAGGACGCUCCCUGGACCAAGAAAGAGCUCGCGUUAUCGUCAAGUUCAAGAAGCUGCUCAACCAACGCGGCUUGGACAAGAAGUUUCGGCUGGCUCGAUACCCGGGGAACGACAUCAGUGGCUCCUGCGAGAUCACCGAAGGUAGCGCCAACAUCAAUCUCAAGCUGGAGGACUACCCGCUAGACCUGGUUCACAUCCCUACUAUCUGGUUUUUCUCGGCACCUCUGUGUGUGGCAGCGAAGCUGCCGUUGCACGUGCAACGCCAAUGCGCCAAACUAUCCUUACGGCACCCAUCUUUACAGUGUCUGGUUGAUAAGACACAGAUGGAGGCCGGUUCCUGGAGGUCAUUCAACAUGUGUUCGACAAAGGGACAGAAGUGGGUGCUGGGGCA